AAACGUCAAUUUGAUGAAGAUGGAUACCACACAAUCUACCUGAAAAGUCGUAAGACAUUUAAUGUACGACAAUUAGCUACAUUAAAAUCUCUGUAUCAUUGGCGAGAUAAAUUGGCUCGAACGGAAGAUGAAUCCACCGGAUAUGUGUUACCUAAUUAUAUGUUGUUACGAAUAUCUGAAAUGUUACCCAAAACGGCUGAAGAUAUUCGUGCAUGUUGUAAUCCUACUCCCAUAUUAGUUCGGCAAAAUUUACACGAUAUUUAUCAAAUUGUACAACAAGCAAACGAUAUUCAGAUUGAAACCGU